CAAAGUAACGGAAUGUGUUUGACUGUCACCAGCGCGCUGGGCUCUCUGCUGUGUUGCUGCGGUUUUAACGCGGCGCGACUCAACCGCGAAGAUUUCAUGGACUGAACCCAGAGAGGCAAGUUUUAACGGCAACUGGUCGCUGGGGCGAGAAGGGUGUCCUCCACAUCGGACCGUCCUGGAAGAGAAGGAGGUAGCAACGCGUAAAGGCAGGGGAAGAAAAAAUGUUUUCUCGGAAGAAAAGGGAAUUGAUCAAAACGCCUUCGAUAUCUAUGAAAAACAGAACAGGAAGUCCCGUGUCGCACUGCACAUCUGAACUGCCUCGUAAAGAUGCUGUUGAGGUACCGGCUUCCCAGGCCGGCACCUUCUCGGAACUACCUGUCGGGAACUCCUCCUUGGCCAAGCUCAGCUCCAGCCCGAGUGCUGUCAACACCCUCAAGCGGCCCACCACCCUGAGCAGACACUCCAGUGCCGCCGGUUUCUCACUCAGCUCCCCUGGCGCGUGGGGGGCCACGAAAGGCUAUAAGACCCCUGGAGGUAGCACUUCAGAAAGCAGCGAGGGCCUUGAGGUGGAGGAGAUCACGCAGCUACUGCGUGACGUGGCAUGGUUUGCAGAAACAUUGGAGAAACUGAAGGACAUGGUCUUAGAAGAGAAGUCCGAAGGGCGGCGUCCUGUGGCUCAUGAGUGUCUUGGAGAGGUGCUGAGGAUCCUACGCCAGGUUAUUAGUAAAUAUCCGCUUCUCAACACGGUGGAGACCCUGACCGCUGCAGGCACACUGAUCUCAAAAGUUAAAGGCUUCCAUUAUGAAUCCAACAAUGAAAACGACAAAAAGGAGUUUGAGAAGGCAAUUGAAACAAUGGCGGUGGCAUUCGGCGGCAAUGUCUCAGAACUCCUCAUGGGCGAGGUAGACAGCAGCACCCUGUUAUCAUUACCACCGAUGGAUAAGUGCAGGUCGAUGGAGAAUCUGUGUGGUGGGAUUGCUGUACAAGGUGAUGCGACCCAGGUGAAGGACGAGUUCAGUGACGCAGGAAGCCCUUCCACGGAAGAGGUGGACAUCAUCCUACAGCGGUCUGAGGGUGGAGUCGAAGCUGCUUUGCAAUAUGCCAAAACUGUUUCCAAAUACAUGAAGGAUCUCAUUACCUACCUGGAAAAGAGAAUGGCUUUGGAACUGGACUUUGCCAAAGGCCUGAUGAAAUUGAUCCAUACUUGUAGGCAGGCUAUCACCCAUGAGUAUCACGUGCCCUUCCUGUCGAUCUAUUCGCUGGCACUAGAGCAGGACCUGGAGUACGGACAGAGCGUGAUGCAAGGCGCCAACAUCCUUCAGAAUCAAACCUUUCUCCAGCCGUUAGCUGGAAGAAGAUUGGAUCAUGAAAAGCGCAGAAAGGAGAUUAAAGAGCAGUGGCACCGGGCGCAGAGGAAGCUGCAAGAAGCUGAGACCAACCUUAAAAAGGCGAAGCAGGCAUACAUGCAGCGUUCCGAGGAGCACGAAAAGGCCAAGAUCCUGACGGUGAAAGCCGAGGAGGACCAGCAGAGCGCAAGUAGCAGUAAUGCCAGCAAGACUUUGGACAAGAAGAGGAAGACGGAGGAGGAUGCUCGCAACAAGGCCGAUGAAGCGGAAGCAACUUACAGGACGUGCAUUGCGGACGCCAAGACGCAGAAACAAGAGCUAGAAGAUGUGAAAGUGAACGUACUGCGGCAGAUCCAGGAAGUCAUUCGACAGAGCGACCAGACACUGAAGUUGGCCACCAUCUCCUACUACCAGAUGAUGCACAUGCAGACGGCCCCUCUUCCCGUGCACUUUCAGACCCUGUGUGAGAGCAGCAAGCUCUACGACCCCGGCCAGCAGUACGCGUCCUACGUCAAGGACCUCCAGAUGGAGGCUGAAACAGAAACACAUUACGAUUUUGAGUCCUAUUCAUCACAGAUGACCUGGUCCCCCCACGUGAGGGCCCGUAAGGGUAGCUUCAAUGCUCACGACUUUCCUCCGAACGCUUCAAAUGAGGCUCCGAGCCAGACGGCUGCAGAUGAGCCAGGCAGCCCAGAAGGCACCCUGACCCAGAAGGAAGUGCGGAGCGGAGGCCACCCUGAGAGAAGAGGGAUCCGAAGUCAUCAGGUGCACAGGUCCUGGCCCACUACCAUGAGUGACACCGAGAGUGUCGGUGGAGGAAAUAGUCUGGAUUCUCCCUCUUCCACCACAGGUGAUUUUGUUCGGAAGUUGCCCAGUAUUCCUUCCUCUGGAACCACAUCUAGCAAUGAGGACGUGGAGGAUAAAGACAGCAACACAAACUUUGAGCAAACAGGUAUCAACGGGAUGGCUCCAGAGAUAGCCGUGUCCACCGGUCCCUUCAAGAACGUGGGCCUCUCAAAGGCUGCUCAGACACAUCGUCUCAGGAAGCUUCGCACACCGUCCAAGUGCAGAGAAUGUGACAGUUACGUGUACUUUCAGGGAGCCGAAUGUGAGGAGUGCAAUCUGUCUUGCCACAAGAAGUGUCUGGAGACUCUGGCGAUCAAGUGUGGCCGCAAGAAGCUACAAAGGAAGCUGAGGCUGUUUGGCCGGGACUUCACUCAGACCUCGCGCGAGAGUCUCGAUGGAAUUCCGUUCAUUAUCAAAGCGUGCAUCUCUGAGAUCGAGCGCAGAGCUCUGAGUAUGAAAGGCAUCUACCGUGUGAACGGUGUGAAGACCCGUGUUGAGAAGCUGUGCCAGGCGUUUGAAAAUGGGAAGGACCUGGUGGAGCUCUCGCAGGCAUCUCCGCACGACAUCAGCAACGUACUCAAACUGUACCUGCGACAGCUUCCAGAGCCGAUAAUGUUGUUCCGCCUUUACAACGAUCUAAUGGGCUUGGCCAAGGAGAGUAUGCAGUGCACAGGGGACGGAGGAGGCAAGGAACCGUCAGUCGAGAAGGAGGACUUACUUCUGGUGUCACGGCUGAAGGAGCUGCUGAAGGAGCUGCCGCCUGCCAACAAGGCCACACUGCAGUACAUCAUCAGACACCUCAGCAGAAUUUCAGAUCUUGAACAACAGAAUAAGAUGUCUCCGAGUAACCUCGGAAUCGUAUUUGGGCCCACGCUGAUGAGGCCCAGGCCCACCGAGGCGACCGUGUCCUUGUCCUCUUUGGUUGACUAUCCUCACCAGGCUCGGAUUGUGGAAACCUUGAUCACCUCCCACUCGGAGAUAUUUGAAAGCAAAACAGAGUUCAGCAUGGCUUCAGAUGAAGAUACGUUGGAUGACGCGCCGCCAACUGAUAUUUACAAUGAGAGAGGAUCCUCCAAGGCAAAUGUGGGAUCGGGGAGUGAUGUGCCUUACCUCGAUGAGACUGGGGAGUUUGACAGAGAUAGACUGUACUCCGAUACACACUGUGACAACUCUUCGGAAUCUCGUGAGCGUUCGCUGGGCUCUGACUAUGAGGUGGAAGAUGCGACCUCUGAAUCUGGUACAGGAUCAGAGGAGAGGAUGCAGAGGAACCAGAAGGGGAGCUUGGUGAAGCAGGAGAGUGUGGCUAGUGCCGAUGAACCGCCGCUGGGGAAUGACAGCGGAGAAGACGAGUCUGCCUCAGAGGAAACUGAAAGAAGUCAGACUCGGAGCUCGGACAGUGACCUGGCACAGACUGAGCGACAAGCGCCCGAAAAGACUCGAGAAAGUGUAAGGUCACCUCCUCAAGUGGAGAGAGAUGGGCAGGAUCUGCCCGGCGCUGACAAACCAGACCUACCGAGUGACUCCAGCCAAAGCCUGGCUGAUUUUAACACAAACCAGUCAAAUAACGUAGACAGAAAUAAGUGGCUGCCCGCUCAUCUCAGGACGCCACUUCAGGUCAAGGAACGGCGCACGCAGCUGCCGUGGGUCUGGAUGCGUCAUGGAAAAAUAGACAUUGGUCUUGAAAGUCGGGACCCAGAAUUUGUCUAAUCAUCUUUUACCACAAGUGCAGCUAUCGACCACCAGGCACCCAAGGUACUUUGUAAUGGGACAGAGAAAGGACUGUGUGCAACCGAAUUUCAUUAUACUUUCACUGACUCAAUGAUUCAUAUCUCGAAGCCAAAAGCGGUGACUCUCUGCCAAUAGAUACAUCCAGACAUGGUCCGGACUAAAAUGUGAAUUCAUGCAGGGAAUCCGAAAGUUGGGACAAUCCUCUCCGUUUGCAACAGUGGAAAUGCAGUGCAAUAAUCAAAGUUCAAAGUAGAUUUAUUAUCAAAUUACAUAUAUUCACAAUGUACAACUCUGAAAUUUGUUUUCUUGUGGGCAUUUCCCAUAAAUCCAAGAACUAUAAUAGAAUCAGUGAAAGUCCGCAUGCAACAGGGCAGACAACCAGUGUGCGAAAGACAACAAACUGUACAAAUACAAAAGGUUAAAAAAUAAAUACUGUAAAUAAGCAAUAAAUAUCGAGAAUGUGAGAUGAAGAGUCCUUGAAAGUGAAUCCAUAGGUUGUGGGAACAGUUCCGUGAUAGGGCGAGUGAACGUUACCACCUUAGGUUCAAGAGCUUGGUGGUUGAGGAGUAAAAACUGUUCUUAAACCUCGCAAAUGUGAGUCCUGAGGCUCCUCUACCUUCUUCCUGAUGGAGCAGUGAGAAGACAGCAUGUGGGUGGUGGGGAUCCCUGUACAGAUGUGCUCAAUGGAGGGGAGGACUUUACCCAUUAUGGACUGGGCCAUAUCCACUACUUGUUAUAGGAUUUUCCAUUCAAGGGCAUUGGUGUUUCCAUACCAGGCUAUAUUAAUUUACUUUGAGCACUCUGAAAGUCUUGGAAAACCAGACGAAAGGUCUACCAGAUCACAUGACCAAGCAUUGACAGUAGACAUCUGCAUCUCCUAAUCUGAAAUAUACUUUGAUGAAGAAGAUUUUGUUCCUAUUAAUGGGUAUAAGACGCUUUUUACCCAUUAACAGAAGCCAGCAUAUGCAAUAGCAGUAAUGGAUUAUUAAGAUUUGGCUUAGGUUUUUGGAACGCUUUGCAUCUGGCUUUCUCUCAAAGGUUUAGAUCCACAAUCGGCCUUUGCAGCUUUUUUUCAGCUGUUGGAUCACAGUGAGCAUCAGAAUUUUGCCCAAUCCUAUCGUCCAACGUGCACAUGUCCUUUCAAGGAGGGGGAGGAGGGCUUCACAGGAUAAUGGUCAAGAGCAUAAGUGUGGCUGGAUUUGUAACUGUCUACCAGCCGAGGAGUGCCCAAAACCAGUCAAAGUGCACUGAUGAAUUUGGAUUGCGCGAUGUAGAGCAAGCAGAAUACAUUCCACAUCUCUGUGUCUUGUAGACAUCGGCUGGUCGUUUGGGUGGCCACCCAUCACUUCGACUACCUCGGUGUAGAAUUCAAUCCUUAUUGUCUUUUAGCAAUGUACUGCCCUAAGAUAAAAAAACUUUGCACAGUGGUUUCUGAUCAAAUUUAGAUGAAUACAUUCAAUGUCAUUUUGACCCAGUAAAUGACUUCAAAGUCUCAAUAGUAAUUGAAAAAGAACAAAAUAGCAGAAGUACUGUAGAUUGCAUUAAGCAUGGUUAGAAUCUCUCCAUUUGUGAGAUGCUGUUUCAUUAAAAUAAUAGCAUAACAGUGCAAACGUUAAAUGAAACCGUAUUGUUGGGUAAAUAUAUUGAAAGGACAACCGUUUUUAAUUUUAUUUGUGAGGUAGAAAUACAACAAACCUGCCGAAAGCAAUUGUGGAGUCAGAGAUGGUUACAUUUAAAGGAGACUCCUUUGGUAGAGAUGUUUCUCCACCCCACCACCACUGAAUGGACACUGUUGUGUCAGCUGCCCAUUAUUUCCCCAGAUCCAUCAUUGGGAACAUCUCUGGCCAAUGAAACAACUUUAAGGGCAUGGACAAGUGGGCUAUAAGGACCAGUUUCUGUGCUGUACAUUCCUAUAGGUCUAUAAAAUUGUAGGCUUUGAUGAACUAGGCCCUUCAGCCCAUCAUUUAUGUGCUGACCAUCAAAUACCUAUCUAUACCAAGAGGCAUAAGAGACUGCAGAUACUGAAAUGCAGAGUACAAAAUAUGCAGGUCAGGAACAGAUACUCCACAGAUGCUGCCUGACCAUUGGAAAUAUAUGGUGGCCAGUGAAAGAGCUUAUAUUUAAUGCUAGAAGCAGUGAUGAGACCACAUGAUAGGAAUUAAUCCUUGGGCAUCUGGAGUAGCAAAAGUAAGACGAUGGCUGAAAAGAAGAUGAACGAAAUUUUCUGUUAACAGUGGAAGGAUUCAGAGUGAGAAUAACCGAGCAAAGAUCAUGUCCAAUUCCUCCACUUGACCACCUUCAGUUUGAAGAGGGUCCACAUCCACAAAGAAGUCUUGAAGAACCAUUAUUAGCAAGGUUUAUACGUACACCUGAAUAAGAUACUGUAACAUACCUACAUGGUUCUGCUCUUCUAUUGUACAGCACUCUGUAAAAGUCUUAGGCACAUGCAUAUAGCUAGGGGGCCUAAGACUUUUGCACAGUACUGUAGUAAUUUUAUGUAUUGCACUGUACUACUGCCUCAAAAAAAAUCGUGACGCAUGUGAGUGAUAAUAAACCUGAUUCUGAUUUGGGUCUCUGUUGUGGACUGAGAGUGGGAAGGGGGCCAGGCAGAGAGGAGUCAUGUUUUGGAAAAGGGGAAGGGAGCGGGAAGCACUGCAGAGACACUCUGUAAUGAUCAAUAAACAAAUUAUUUGGAAUCAAAUGACCUUGCCUGGUGUCUCAGGGCUGGGUGUGUCUGCACCGGCCCCACCCCUAGCACUCCUCUAUCACCGGCCCCACACCCCUCCUGUGGCACUCCACCCUCACCAUUCCCAACAGCCUUUGCUCAUAUCAGAUCUGCAAACUCACUCUCCGCUCCACAUUGACAAAUACAGUACCGUGCAAAAGUCUUUGGCACCCCGGUUACAUAUAUAUGUUCUUAAGACUUUUGCACAGUGCUGUAGAUGAACAGUAUUUUUUUGCAGUAUGAGUCCAGCAUUUAUUGAUGGGUGUUAGGAAGUAUUGGCUACUUAUUGAGUAACUUAUCUCCAUGGAAAAAAUCUUUGUUUGGCGUGUGUGUGUGUUGGGACAUAGUUAUGGUUUAAUUGAGCAUAAAAUGGAGUGAGUUUUCUGUGCAAAUGUAUGAUGAAAAUGGAAGCAAAGGGUUAGAGUAGAACCACAUCAGUUCUAUCCAUUUCUAUCACAUGCACUGGAUGUAACUGGAAUAUUUAUCAUGGGAAAAAGUAUUAAAUACACCGGUGUGUCUUGUAAAGUUCACAGUUUAUAAUAAAUUUAUAUAUACUGAAAUUAUGGUGAAGGAAAGCCUAUCUUGUCCAAUUUGUACUUUUAGAGAAAAUAAUUCUUUUGUACAUUCUCUUUGUGCAUUGGAACAUUAUUAAAUGAGCAUUGAUUUCCUUUGCAAAAUAAGUACUUUUUAAAAUUCAUCUAUUGUUUAUCCCCACUGUUACGUAUCACCCUCCUGUUCUAAUUCAGCAGUAGGAGCAAUCAGUUCAGAAACCUGGGAGGAUAACUUAUUCCCAUCAUAAUAAUUUGCCUUAAACAUAGAACGAUAUCCCAAGGCAUCUCAUAGGAAUACUGCUGGGGAACAAACCACACAGGGCAAUGUUGGGACAGGCGCAGGGCACCUUAAAUGAGGAGAGAAGUCAAAGCGUUGAGCACUGAAUUUCAGAGCUCAGUCCUGCAUAGUUUAACUCACAGCCUCCGAGGGUUAAAACCGAGGUUACUCGAGGAACAAUUUCCAUAACUAUUAAGAUCCUGAACUCCCUGUGAAGGUAAUUUCUAUCACUUUGUGUUGGGGUACUGGAAUCUGCUUAUUCUGAGUCACAAAGAUAAUCCAUAAGGCGUAGGAGCAGAACGAGGCCAUUCAACACAUCAAGUCUGCUCUGCCAUUACAUCAUGGCUGAUUGAUUAUCCCUCUUGAACCCAUUCUCCUGCCUUCUCUCCAUAACCCUUGAUAAUCUUAUUAAUUAAGAACAUAUCAUCUUCUGCUUUAAAUAUACCCAGUGACACAGCCUCCUCAACCGUCUGUGGCAAUGAAUUCCACAGAUUCACCAUCCUCCGGCUAAAGAAAUUCCUCCUUAUCUCUGUUCUAAAGGGAUGUCCUUCUAUUCCGAGGCUGUGUCCUCUGGUCCUAAGCUCUCCCACUAAAGGAAACAUCCUCUCCAGGUCUGCUCUAUCUAGGCAUUUCAAUAUCCAAUAGAUUUCAAUGAGAUUCCCCAUUAAAAUAACUAUUAUAUAACUACACAUGCUGUACCACACAAGAUGAAUUAAAUUUGUAUUUAAACACAAUAUUUAAGCUUUAAUAAUAUGGCACUUCAUUACUUUUAAUGUUCAUACAUCAGAUAUUCAGCAGGACCUUAGUAAAGAUAGUUUGCUUUUACUUUGUUUUAUCAGUCACAGUAGCGUAGCAGUUAACGCGACUCCAUUACAGCUCGGGGGGGGGGGGGGGUGGCGUUCCGGAGUUUGGAGUUCAAUUCCGGCGCUGCCUGUAAGGAGUUUGUUUUCCCCAUGACCGUGUGCAUUUCCUCCUUGUGCUCCGGUUUCCUCUUGCAGUCCAGGACAUGCUGGUUGGUAUGUUAAGUUGUCAUUGCAAAUUGUCCUGUGAUUAGGCUAGUGUUAAACAGGCGGGUUGCUGGGUGGCACAGGUUAUUGGCCAGAAGGCUCUGUUCUGCUCUGUACCUCUGAAUAAACAAAAAUGAAUAAAUUUGCUUCAGGCUCGAUAUAUUUUUGAGAAUACAAGUAUUUUGUGCAUUGGCAUGUACGUUUGCAAAUGGGUACAUGUGGCCUCACUUUAGCACAGUUAUGUAAUUAUUCAGUUACAUUAUGACUGCGAUCUCGCCAAUUAAGUAUUUUUUAAAUUCCCAGCUGCAUAUUGUUUAAUUUGUACAUAUGAUUGGGACAUUUUUAUUGGAUUUUAAAUGUAAAAGGAACCGUUCUGUGUAAGAGUUUUAUGAAUCUUUAUUUGGUAAUGUAAAUAAAAGAUAUUUUCUGCCUGGAUUGUUCAGAUUGUAAAAGUGAAUUUAUAUUUCUGCUAUUAUACUUCACUAUGUUUAAUAA